GCCGGGCCGUGGAGCCCGGCGGCUAAUGGCGCGGGGGGCUGGCAGCGCCUCCUGGCCGCGGGGCGGAGGGAGGGGGCGCUGAGCGGGGCUUGCGGCGCGGAGAGCGAACAAAGCGCCGGAGCUGCCAGGUGGCGAGGCCGAGGGGCUGCAGGGCUGCCCGCGGCCAUGGGGGUGCAGGACCGGCCUCAGUGCUUCUUCGAGAUAGAGAUCAACCGGGAGCCAGUUGGUCGAAUUAUGUUUCAACUCUUCUCAGACAUCUGUCCAAAGACUUGUAAAAACUUCCUUUGCUUGUGCUCGGGUGAAAAAGGAAUUGGCAAAACAACUGGAAAGAAGCUGUGUUACAAAGGCACUACCUUCCAUCGUGUGGUUAAAAACUUCAUGAUCCAGGGUGGGGACUUCAGCGAAGGUAAUGGAAAAGGAGGUGAAUCUAUUUAUGGUGGCUAUUUCAAAGAUGAAAACUUUAUUCUCAAACAUGACAGAGCGUUCCUUUUGUCAAUGGCAAACCGAGGGAAACAUACCAAUGGUUCCCAGUUUUUCAUAACAACAAAACCUGCUCCUCAUCUUGAUGGCGUACAUGUUGUCUUUGGACUGGUUAUUUCUGGGUUUGAGGUAAUAGAACAAAUAGAAAAUCUGAAAACCGAUACUGCAAGUAGGCCCUAUGCAGAUGUACGAGUUAUUGACUGUGGGGUGCUUGUUACAAAAUCAGCAAAAGAUGCUUUGGAGAAGAAGAAGAAAGUAUGUUCAGAGUCAGAAGCUUCAGACUCCUCCUCCAGUGCAUCAAGCUCUUCAGAAAGUUCAUCUGAAAGUGAAGCUGAAAGUGAAAGAAGCAGAAGAAGAAAGCGCAAAAGAAGAGCUAAAACCAAACAAUCAAGGAAACGAAGAAAGGAAGAGAGGAAGAAAGAGGAUCCAAAGUGUAGGCGAACCUCAAACCAAAGACGCAGCCUUUCUGACAAGAGUGAUAUAACAGAAAAAGCAGUUGAUGUUAGCAUGAAGAGAGACAAACCAGUGGUACGUCCUGAAGAAAUUCCCCCAGUGCCUGAAAAUAGAUUUUUGCUGAGAAGAGAUGUGCCCGUUGUCAAUAUAGAACCUGAACCGAAGCUUCUUGAUACUACACCAGUUCUGGCUGACCCGAAACCAUCAGUCUCUAAAUCUGGACGAAAAAUUAAAGGAAGAGGCACAAUACGAUAUCACACCCCGCCUCAAUCGCGAUCAUGUUCUGAAUCUGAUGAUGAUGAGAGCAGUGAGACCCCUCCUCACUGGAAGGAGGAAAUGCAGAGAUUACGAACAUAUAGACCACCUAGUGGAGAAAAGUGGAGUAAAGGCGAUAAGUUGAGCGACCCAUGUACAAGCAGAUGGGAUGAAAGAAGUGUGUCCCGGAGAUCAAGAUCUUGGUCACGUAACGGUUAUUCUGAUUUAAGUACUGUGAGAUACUCUAGCCACCACAAAAAGCAUAGAAAAGAUAAAAAAAAGAUGAAACAUAAAAAGAAAUCUAAAAAGCAGAAGCAUUUCAAGAAGCACAAGCAAACAAAAAAGAAGAAAACAUCCGCUUCAUCAGAUGUAGAGUCUUCUCAUUCCUUCCUCAGGAGGACAAAAUCAUCUUGUGAUCGUGACAGAAAAUCUCAUUCUUCUUCAUCAUCUUCCAGACAUUCAUCCAGAAGGGACUGGUCUAAAUCUGACAAGGAAGACCAGAGCUCAUCGACUUCAUCAAGCAGAGGGACUCGAUCAUACUACAGGUCCAGAUCUAGGUCUAAAUCAAGAUCCUACUCCCGAAGAAGCUCUAGAUCAAGAUCAGCCUCUAAAUCAUCAUGUUCACGAAGUAGGUCAAGGUCAAGUUCUAACACUAGGCAUCAAAAGACGGUUUCCAAUUCUCCACGAAAUAUUUCAACACGUUUAAGUGAGAAUAAGCUUACCAAGACUGCUGAGCCUGUAAGAGCAGUUAUACUCCCAAGUGAUAAAGUUGUCGUACCACCAGUUGUCUCAGAAAACCUCCCUGUUAUACCCUUAAGUGAGAGUCCACCACCUUCAAGGUGGAAACCUGGGCAGAAACCAUGGAAGCCAUCUUAUGAGCGAAUUCAGGAAAUGAAAGCUAAAACAACACAUUUAAUACCCACACAAACUAAUUACAAUUUAGUAGCUGUUAAAGAGGCUAAUACUGUUUCCUCAUACCAUAAACGACAAAGGAGUUCAGAUAGCGAUCGAAGUGGUUAUUCCAAAUACCACAGUGACAGAAGCUCAGACAGUUGUCUGAGAUCAAGAAGCAGGUCUUCUCGAAGUAGGUCAUACUCAAGAUCUUAUACGAGAUCUAGAAGUCCAUCUAGCUCUAGGACAAAAUCUCGUUCUUCUGGCCGAUCACCAUCACAGAGUAAAUACUGCAGUGACAGGUCAGGUUAUAGUGAGUCAACGUCUUACUCUUCCCUUAGUGAUGAUGACAGAAGCAAAAGAAAAUCUGCAUCAAGUGAUCAGAAGGCUCGAACUCUUAAACUGAGGCAAGAAACAAGCUCUGAAAGCACUGUCCCUUAUAAGCGUACAAAAGACUAUGAUGAGUCUUCUCAGGGCUUGAAAGAGAGUGAUAGUUCAUCAUCUUCAGAAUUCUCUACUGACAGUGAGCAUUCUGCCAAAAUGAAAGUAGUCCAAGAAAAAGAAGGCCGUUUUCAGUUAGAAAGAGGUACUCAGAAACAGGACAAAAAUAGCUUAAGUUCUGAGCAAGUGGAGAAGGAACCCAAGUAUGAGCAGGAUUCUGAUGAUGCUAAAACGAAAGCAGCUAAGGAGAAAUCUGAGCAACCUAGAGGUGGUAGAAAAACUAAACAAAAAUCCUAUUCAGGUAGUAAAUGGGACUCUGAGUCAAAUUCUGAGAAAGGAGAGGCAAGGCGUAAUAGGGGAGAUUCUAGACUCUCCUCUAGUAAAGAAGAAGGAGAGGCCACAUCAGGAUCUGAUGUAGAGCUUAGUGUUACCAAAAGAAUAAAAAAACAAUCAAAUUCUUCAGAAGGCUUUCUGGAUGCUGAUUGUACAUGGAAGACAAGCAAGCAGUUGUCAUCUUCUGAAUCUGACAGCUCUUGUUCCAACUCAACAAACAUUAGAGGAAAGUCCAAAAAACACAAACGUGGAUCGAAAAAAGCUCUUAAAAAAUCCCAUUCAAAAAAAGCAAAAGAAAAAUCAAAAGGGAAAAAGGAGAAGAAACACAAAGUUCAGAAAAGAAAAGAAAUGUUUCAUUGGCAGCCCCCCCUGGAGUACGGUGAAGAAGAUGAGGAUGAGAUAAAUGAAAAGCCGGUUACAAAGGAUGAUAAAGAAAAGCUGCUUAACAGGAACAUAAAAGAUAAAACCCAAGUUUAUGAUAAGGAUGAAAUAGUCAAAGAUAAAAUGAGAAAUUUAACUGAAAAGCCUUCUGUGGAUGAAAACCUUUUAACAAAAAACACUACAUGUGGUGCCUCUCCAGAUCAUAAUAACCUUAAUAAAGAUAGCAAGGAAAUGAAUGCUUCAGACAGUAUCUUAAACUCAGAAAUAAAUGUGACCACUUGCAAAGACGAGAUGAAACAAGCUGAAGAAAGUAACCAGAAUGGAUUGCAAGAUGUUAUUGAGACAGAUGACAACAUGGAGAUUUGUACUCCAGAUCGUAACUCACCAGGGAAGGUUGAUGCAGAUAUUCUGUCUCCUGUCAUUCUCACUGCUAAACCUCAGGCUUUAGCUGCUAGUAUAAACAAAGAUUUACAGAUUAAGACCCCCGAACAAGAUGCUGUCAAACUAGAAAACAAUGUUAUAGACUUCAUAAAUAUUAAAGAAGAAAAAGAAAUGGGAAUGCAAGAAAAUAAUUCUGCCCCUAUGUCUAGUGCUAAAGACUGUAGUUUAAAAAGUGAAAUUACUGAAAAUACACAAAGCAAUAUGAUAGAUAAUAAAUGGAAGCCUUUGCAAGGUGUUGCUAACUUACAACCAACCACAAUUAGUACUGCUGCAGAAGUUAAGAACAUAGCUUCAGCACCAGAGCUUAAACCAGCAGGUUUAAGAAUCGAAAUAAAAGCUAAAAAUAAAGUAAGGCCUGGAUCUCUGUUUGAUGAAGUUAGAAAAACAGCACGGCUAAAUCGAAGGCCAAGGAACCAAGAAAGUUCCAGUGAGGAAGAAUCUCCAAGUAGAGAUGAUAAUAGCCCAUCCAGGAGUCUCAGUAGGUCACGAAGUAAAUCUGAAUCUAAAUCCAGACACAGAACAAGGUCUAUAUCUUAUAGUCACUCAAGAAGUCGCUCACGAAGUUCUACAUCUUCAUAUCGAUCAAGAAGCUAUACAAGAAGCCGAAGCAGAGGAUGGUAUAGUAGAGAUCGGUCUAGAAGUCGAAGUAGUUCUUACCACAGUUACAAGAGCCGUAGUCGAACCUAUAGUAGAAGUAGAUCCAGAAGUAGUUCUUACGAUCAUCAUAGUCGAUCCAGUAGGUCAUACACGUAUGAUAGUUACUACAGCAGAAGUCGAAGUAGAAGUAAAAGGAGUGACAGCUAUCGAAGAUCCAGAAGUUAUGAUAGGCGGUCCAGAUCUUACGGCUCUGACAGUGAAAGCGAUCGCAGUUACUCUAACAAUCGGAGCCCCAGUGAAAGCAGCAGAUACAGCUGAAACCGUUUCUUUUACGAUGGAAACUGUAUUUAGUAAUUUUUUUCAGUGUUACGUUAAAACUUUUGACAGUGUCACAAGUGAAGUUGAAGGGUGUUUACUGAGUUAGCUGAAACUUUCCUAUUUAACGGUGAACUUGCCUGAGAGACUGUAUACUCAUGAAGUGUAAGUAUACUGUAUACGUAUGGAGUAUACAGUCAUGUAUACUUCAUACAUAGUACUUCAUACAAGUAGGGAGUACUGAACUUAACUGUUU